AUGGAUAUAGAUGUGCAUUUAAUUCGGAAAGACAACCUAAUUCAGGAAGUAUGUCAAAGGUCAAUGAAAUUAAGAAAGCUGAAGAGAUGGUAUAUAAAAUCAGAACUAAAGCGAGAUCCUAAUUGGAUUAUAUUUUUAUUUAGCCCUGCCCAUGACUCACCCUUAGAGCCUAUCCUAAAAGAAGAUAUAGAACUUGGAGAUCUUAUUCCUGAAGGAGUACAAACUCUAUCUCUAUAUAUUGAUGAAAACCCAUUGCUUCUAAAAUUUGACUUUGGACUUAUAAUUAUAGAGUACUUGUAUCAAAUUGAUACAAUUGGCGAAUUAAAGGAGUAUAUUCUUUACCAACUAUGCUUCUACUUGGAUGAUAAACUAAUAUUUAGGGAUGAAAAUCAUCAGAUCCUAAGUAAAGCUGAAAGGAUUUCGAAUUUAAUUUUAAAAUUUGGGGCGCCGUUGAUCUAUAUCGAAUGUGCAAGAAAAAAUUAUUCUAAGGAUAGAAAAAGGAAUGAGUUUGACCCUUCAUUGGAAGAGAGUUUUCUAGAAUUAUUUGAAGCAGAUUUAAAUAAAAGCACAAGAAAUGGUUUUACUUAG